AUCGAACGGGUCCAAAACAGAGCCUUGUACCAGCAAUUCAUAGCCAAGAAGAGAGAAAUUGAUCUGAGAAAUCCCAACAACGAAAAUGAAAAGCUGCUGUACCAUGGUUCAGAUUUCAAAGCAUUGAAUGACAUCAACAAAACUGGGUUUAAUAGAAGCUAUUGUGGAAAAAAUG